AUGGAUGCUUUGACGGUGACAGUUCGUAAACUCACCGGCGAGACUGCAGAGUGCCAGGCAAACUUGUCCAGCAGCGUUGAUGCCUUCAAGCACAAGAUCGCUGAGAAGGUUUGCGUGCCAGCUAUAUGCCAGAGACUGACCGUGCAUGAUGUUGAUGAGACCUUUGCGGCGGUUCUUCUCGAGCAGACGAUGCCAUACCUUCUGCAGAGGAUAGCCAAACCCAUCGAAGAUGUCAGCAGAUCAGAUGUUGCUGAAGUCAAAGCCUUUAUGAAUCCUCCAAGAAUGAUGCUACCUUGCCUCCAUGUGGUGCUGCUACUGAUUGGAAGCAGCAAGCUGAUAGGUGCAAAGAGGGAUUCCGAUGGUGUACCAACACCGAUCUCCUGGGACCAGUGCAAGUUCAUGAUGAGGGACGUGAAGAGUUUCCUCACUGCCCUGCAGAACUGGCCGACAGAAGUCCUGAAUGGCAAUGUUAGUGAGAGCCAGGUGCGGCGUGCCGAGGAGCUCAUUGAACAGUCGCAGCACUUCGAGCCCCGCGACCUAGCACGUGUCAGCCUUCUGGCCUCGAGGUUAUGCGAAUGGGUGCUUGGAGCCUUAAAGUUCUACAGGAUGGAUGCCCCAAGACUUACACAGCAGCGGGCUCCCGGUGCCUCUGGGUCUAUGGAGCUGGAAAACCUAGCUCCUCUGAGCGUAUACUGUCAGGACACCUCGGACUUUCAGUUGUCCCUGGUGGCCGACCUUGAACCUGUGUGGUAUGCGUUAAAAGAGCGCCAGAAGGAAGUUAUGGCCAUUCAGGCCCUGGGAGUGAUGGGAAGCAAGUGCCCGGAGCGGGCCUUGCGAGAACUUGCUGCCAAGCUAAUGGCUGAUGGUCAGACCGUUAGGGAGGCGGCGUUGCGGGCCAUACAGAAUGCCUGGGCUGCGGACGUGGAGGCUUUGUCAUUGCUCUUGGACGCAUUGCCAAUGCCCCAUCAGCAACCAUCCUCGAACGAGGACAGGAUCAUUCAAGCAUUGAAUGCGGGAAGCAGUGAGACCCGAAGCGCUGCCCUCGUGCACUUUGGUUCUAUGCAGGAGUGCGGCGACACCAGUCAUGUUAUCAAUCGUGUUGUCGAGGCAAUGUUCCAGGCCGAUGAAUGGGAUCCACCUUUAUCGCAAGCUUGCAUCAUUGAUGCACUGGCGAUAGCAAGCAAGCAAGACUACCACGCGGCGAUCAGCGGGAUUGCCAAACAUUUGCAGUCUUCCCGCCCGUGGUGGAUGAAUGCCCGUGCUGCUGCAGCAGCUGCGAAGGUAGCCCACCAAGAGGAGGAGACCAUCACUUCUGCCAUGCGAGAACUGCUCCAGUAUCUCGAUGGUGAGCAUCUUGUCGUAGUCGCCGUUGCGCUGAGUCAGGUGUCACCGUCCUCAUACACACAGGCUGUUGAGGCCCUAUGUCAGGAGAUGCGGCGGAAUCGUCACAUCAAUCGUCUGGAAACCGUAAAUGCUUUAGCAGUUGUCGCACGGGACUCUGAUCAAUGUGUGAUCCAUGAACUGUCGGCCUACCUCUUGCACGCUAAGCGUGUCAUGGAGAAGGACGGCACUCCUCCCGUCAUGGCCGCGCUGCAGGCUCUGAAACGGAUCGCUGAGCCAAACCAAAUUGAGCAGGCACGCAUAGGUGUGCUGACGGCUCUGGCAACCAAGGCAGCUGCCACAGGCGGCAAAGAAUACAUACAGAAGUUACUAACCUUAGCCAAAGAGCAAGGUGCUCCUUCACAAGCUGUAUUAGCUGCGCUUGCAAGCGGCUUCCGAAAUCACAACGGCUCCAUCAGAGAAGCUUGCAAAGCUGUUUUUGGCAAGCUUUGUCAACGUGGUGACGAAACUGCGAUUGGCGUCCUGUUGGGUACGAUUCGGGAUGAUGUGUAUGCGUGGUCCAGAUGUGCAGCCAUCGAUAUGCUGCCGAAGGUCAUAGACGAUCCUCGCGCAGAGGUUGCAGAAGUUACUGCCUGUCUUCUGGAGCUGUGCAGAGAAGCAGAUGUCGGCAUCAAAUCGGCAGCCCUCUGCGCCUUGAGGCAUUGCGCAUCUCCGGCGGAGACAACCUCGGCAGUUCUCCGGAGUUGUCUGCAGGACACAGAUGAGUCAGUCCGCUUGGCAGCUCUGAAAGGCCUGGCAGCGCUGGAGCAGAAGCAGGAUCUGUUGAUAGACCUGCUACUGCAGGGCGCCAAGGAUGAAGCUUCUUUCGUCACCAUGACCGCCGUCGAGCUCUUAGUGAAAGUGCAAUGCAGUGGCCGCGAGGAGGAGAUUUGCCAGCGAAUAGCGGGGCUGCUGCAGCAUGGAAACUCGCAAGUCCGUGAAGCUGCAGCUUCUGCGUUGGGCAACAUGUCUGGCGACGCAAGGAUCCAUGCUCUCAGUGCACUCAAGCAGAAAAGUACUUGGGCUGAGACAGACAAAGCUGUGUUGAAAGCCAGAGAUGCAUCACUCCAACUUCUUAGCCAAGAUGGCUAG